UCUCGUGCCGGCCGGAGCAGAUGGCGGCCGCGCUCCUCCUCUACCUGCCCCUGCUGCCGGGGCUGGUCGGCGCCUUCAACCUGGACGCGGAGAACGUGAUCGGCCGGCGCGGGGAGCCGGGCAGCCUCUUCGGUUUCUCGCUGGCCAUGCACCGGCAGCUGCAGCCUCAGGAGAAACGGCUAUUGCUGGUUGGAGCUCCUCGGGAAAAGGCCUUUCCAUCCCAACAAGCCAACAGAACAGGAGGGCUGUACAGCUGUGACAUCACAUCUUCAGACACACGCUGCACACGUGUUGUGUUUGAUGAAGACACUGACCCAAAGAUGGAGAGCAAAGAAGACCAAUGGAUGGGUGUAACCGUCCAAAGUCAGGGGCCAGGAGGAAAUGUGGUGACAUGUGCACAUCGCUAUGAGAAAAGGCAGUAUGUAAACACAGUGCAGGAAACCCGGGAUAUCAUUGGAAGGUGCUACGUGCUGAGCCAGGAUCUCACUAUUAAGGACGAUAUGGAUAACGGAGUGUGGAGUUUUUGUGACGGUCGCUUAAGAGGCCAUGAGAAGUUUGGCUCCUGUCAGCAAGGCGUUGCUGCUACUUUUACUAGAGACUACCAUUACAUUGUGUUUGGCGCUCCAGGCACUUACAAUUGGAAAGGGGUGGUUCGUGCAGAGCAAAAGAAUCAGACAUUUUAUGAUCUGGGUAUCUUUGAUGAUGGGCCUUACGAAGUUGGUGAUGAGAGCCGCCAAGAUAAGAAUCUAGUUCCUGUUCCAGCUAACAGUUAUUUAGGUCUUCUAUUUUUGACAGCAGUAUCUGAUACUCAUCCAGAUCAGUUUGUGUACAAAACGUUGCCUCCCAGCAUACAGGUGGACAAAUCAGUGGAUGUAAUGAUGAAUAGCUACUUAGGUUUCUCCUUGGACUCUGGUAAAGGAAUCGUCUCCCAAGAUGAGAUGACUUUUGUGUCUGGUGCACCAAGAGCCAACCAUAGUGGAGCAGUUGUUCUACUGAAAAAAGAGAAAAAUCAGAGGGCACUUACUCUGGAGCACAUGUUUGAAGGAGAAGGGCUGGCCUCUUCUUUUGGUUAUGAUGUGGCUGUUGUGGAUCUCAACAGUGAUGGAUGGCAAGACAUUGUUGUUGGAGCCCCACAGUACUUCGAUAGAAGUGGAGAUAUUGGUGGUGCUGUGUACAUCUACAUUAACCAGCGAGGCAAAUGGGAAGGAGUAAAACCUGUUCGCUUAAAUGGGACCACUGACUCGAUGUUUGGUCUUGCAGUUGAAAAUGUCGGGGACAUUAAUCAGGACGGAUAUCCAGAUAUUGCGGUAGGGGCUCCGUAUGAUGGUUUUGGCAAAGUAUAUAUUUAUCAUGGAUCCAAGAAUGGAAUAAAUACAAAACCUGCACAGAUUCUUGAUGGUGAAAAAACAGGCACCAAUUUCUUUGGUUACUCUAUUGCUGGAAACAUGGACCUGGAUAAAAAUUCCUACCCUGAUAUUGCUGUUGGUUCCCUUUCAGAUUCUGUAUCUGUGUUCAGAUCUCGACCUGUCAUAAGCAUUACAAAAAGCAUUACAGUACAGCCUGACAAACUUGACCUAAAGAAAAAGAACUCUGAAGACCCCAGUGAAAUAUGGAUGGAUGUGAAAGCAUGUUUCCAGUAUACUGCAAACCCUCGUAAUUUAAAUCCAAGAAUAAAGAUCAACUAUACAUUUGAAGCAGAAAAUGAGAGGAGACAAUUAGGCCUGCCAUCUAGGGUACGGUUUAAGGACUAUCUGUCUGAUCAGUUCACUGCAAGUACCACCCUGAUGGGGCAGAACUCCAAACAAUGCGUGACAGCCAAGCUUGUUCUGCAGGAAAAAAUUAAAGAUAAGCUGCGCCCAAUUCCUAUAGCAGUCAGUGUUAAUAUUGCUGGCCUGGAGUCUGGCUCAUCAUCCACCAGAAAAGAGAGAGCGCUUCCGGACCUUAUACCAAUACUAAAUUCAAAUGAGUCUGAAACAAAGAUAACAAAGGUGGAGUUCUUGAAAGAAGGAUGUGGAGAAGACAAUGAAUGUCACAGCAAUCUGAAACUUCAGUACCGGUUUUGCACUAGAGAAGGAAAUGAAGACAGAUUUACCUAUUUGCCAAUUGAAAAUGGCAUUCCAGUGCUUGUUUUAAAAGAUCAGAAAGAUAUUGCCCUGGAAAUAACAGUGACGAAUAAUCCAUCUGAUGCAAGAAAUCCACAGAAAGAUGGAGAAGAUGCAUACGAAGCUAAACUAAUUGCAACUUUUCCAGAUAGUCUGACUUAUUCUGCAUUCAGGGAGAUGAGAGGAUAUCCUGAAAAACAGCUCACGUGUGGUGCUAACCAAAAUGGCUCUCAAGCGGAGUGUGAACUUGGAAAUCCAUUCAAGAGAAAUUCCAAUGUAACCUUUUAUCUGAUCUUAAGUACCACUAAAGUGAAUGUUGAUACAACAGACUUGGACAUUAACCUCAAGCUGGAGACAACAAGCACUCAAGUAAAUUCAACUACAAUUACAGCUAGUGCUAAAGUGGUUCUUGAACUGCUUUUGUCACUCACUGGAGUGGCUAAGCCAUCUCAGGUAUAUUUUGGAGGUAACAUCGUUGGUGAGAGUGCUAUGAAAUCUGAAGAUAAUAUUGGAAACCUCAUAGAGUAUGAAUUCAGAGUAACCAACUUGGGCAGGCCACUGAAAACAUUUGGUACAGCUUCCCUGGACAUCCAGUGGCCAAAAGAAAUUAGUAAUGGUAAAUGGCUGCUGUAUCUGAUGAAAAUAGACUCCAAGGGCUUGGAAAAGAUUUCCUGUCAACCACAGAAUGAAAUCAAUUUUUUGCACGUUGCGGAAUCCCAUAACUCAAGAAGAAAGCGUGAGAUUGCAGAGAAGCAGAUUACAGACAGCAAAACAUUUUCUUUGUUUUCAGAAAGAAAAUAUAAGACCUUGGACUGCAAGGUGAAUGCACGGUGUGUGGACAUAAAAUGUCCUCUGAAAGGUUUUGACAGCAAGGCAUCGAUUUUGCUGCGUUCCAGACUGUGGAACAGUACUUUCUUGGAAGAAUACUCCAAAAUGAACUACCUGGACAUUCUUGUUAGAGCCUCAAUCAGUGUUCCUGCUGCAGCUAAGAAUGUCAAACUCACAAAUGAAGCUGCUCAGGUGCGUGUUACAGUCUUUCCUGCAAAACCAGUAGCCCUUUAUACAGGAGUGCCUUGGUGGAUCAUCGCAGUGGCUAUUUUUGCUGGAGUACUGAUGCUUGCACUCCUAGUAUUCUUGUUAUGGAAGUGUGGGUUCUUCCAGCGUUCCAGGUACGAUGACAGUGUCCCCCGCUAUCAUGCUGUAAGAAUUCGAAAAGAAGAACGAGAGAUCAAAGACGGGAAAUGCAAAGAUCUUGAAACAAAACAGUGGUUCACAAAAUGGAAUGAGAAUGAAAGUUAUUCUUAGGAAAAAGUGGUUUCCCUCCUCAAAGUUCAGAUAGAGCAUAAUGCUUUCAUUAAUGGUAAACUCGUGGACUUACUAAUGGUUCGCGGACCUACGAACACUAUGGACAUCUUCACUGUUUGUAUGUAGAUAUUACUACUUAUACUGCAGCUUCUGUUUGCACAGUUGAAAUUGCUUUGUCAGUCCUUAUUGGCACUAUUUAAUUUCCACUCAGCCUCUUUUUCCCCUCUUUCAAAUCUAACUCAGGGUUUAGAAGACACUGUGUUGAUUUGGGCUCUCUUUUGCAGAACAUGCAAACCCACUCUGGCAGGCUUUUUCCUGUGCUCCUAAUGUUCCUGGGAAUGCCAGCAAUGCAUGAUUCAGAUCAGCAUAAAUCCUCCAGCCUUCCCUUGAUGCGUGGUCCCUUACAAACACACUGGCCUUAACAUAUGUAGCUCAAGUAUCGUCUGAAGACCUGCAAAUCUGUUUUAGUCAUAAGCUUUGCUGCCACAGUAGCUAGGGCUUACAAAAAGCAUCCUCUUCAGUUGUAUGCACAAUAGGUCACGUUGCUCAAUUUUUAAAAUCAGAUUAUGUAAAUCUUGCUCGCAACAAAUAUACACAGGUUGUUUUUUUGUUAGUUUUUUAAAAAAGAGGCUUGAAUAUUAGAUGUACUUUUUGUAUAUAUAUAUACAUUUUAGUCAUUUUUGUAUUUAUUUUUGUUACCAGUUGUCUUUGACUAACUGUUAGGCCAAAGACUUACCUGAACCUUGAAACCACUGUGCUUAUGAACUUCAGAAGAUGAGACCUGAGGCUUUCAUUGCAUUUUAAUAAAUCACUGAAGGUGCCAAUGCUUUCUAAAAAUGUAAAUAUUUAUUCCAGUGAUGUAUGUGAGAUUUUUUUUUUCAUGAUAUUUGUAACUUGAUCUAAUAGGAACUACCAGGUUUUGUAAUAUGACUCUGUACAUUACUUCAGGCUAUUAAGCAGUUCAGACACCAAGCAUAGGUAGGGUUUUUAAGAUACAGUCUUAUACUUCACUGGAAGUGAGAAGUUCUCUGGAAACAGCUUUCCAGCUUCGUUAGGGACUUCCUGUCUGGCAAAGGGUGUUGACUACUACAGCUGUUACAAAGCACUUGACGAGGCUGUAUAUGCCUAACUUAACUAUGAGGAUCUGAGCUGAUCCACUUUGAGACUACUGAACCGUGUUGAAUACCCCAGCUCUUAAGACAACAACCACAAUGCCGUGCUUAUCAGCAAUCUAAUCAUUGAUAAAACUAUAUAAAGAGUUUACCCUUUUUCUUUUGUCCUUAUUCCAAAGUACUGGUACUCGUUAAGAAUGAAGAUUAGUUUGCAGUUGGUUAUUCCAUAUAAACCGAAGUUCUGCUCAAGAAGCAUGCAUGUUAGUUGUUAGCAGUUUAAACUAUGCAAAAACCUCUUGGUACUUUUUCCUCUCAGAGGUGAAAACCUGCAAUGAGGGCAGUUGUCAGGUGGCUGAUUUCUGCUACUAACUUUUAAGAUACCUUUUUAGAAGCUAUGCUCACCUACAAUGCUAUCCUUAUAAAAAGGGCAGUAAUUUAGUAGGCUCUUCUUCCUCCCACUGAGUAAUCUCAGUACAUGACCCUGAUUUUAUGAACCCUGACAAAUGCAUUUAGCUGCUACUCAGUUUUUGAGCUUUCUUAAAAACAGCUUAUUCUCCGAGGGCAGCAUAAGAAGCCAGGCUAACAAGGUGCUAAGAUGCUUGACAACCAACUACCCCCAGCCUCUGAUUUAAAAGCAGGUUGUGGCCCUCCCCUGUCAAGACCACGAAUGUCUUUGCAGUGCUAAACUGAAAAUUAUUUUCAAUAAGUCACAUCACUGGUAUACUUCUAUUUCAAAUGGUUUUUUUUUUAAUACCAGCUAACAAUGCUACAUCAUUCCAUUAUUAGAAAUUACCUGUGGAUAUUUGUAUAGAAGUGUGAAAUAAAUUUUUAAAAAUUAAA